AUGGCACGCCCAAUAAUUGUGCUUGCUCUCCUCUUUGUUGCCAUAGUUGGAGUUACAUCACACGAGGGAGAAGACGGAACAUCAAGUUCACCCCCACCUGCUCCUCCAUCUUCGUCGCCGUCAGAAGCCCCUGGUCCAAGCCAGGACGAGGCCUCCUCCCCAAUGUCAUCUCCGCCUUCCCCUGGAAGUACUGAAGACAGCAGCGGUGGUGUUGCCGCUGGCCCGGGAAGCGACUCCGCUGAUUCCCCUGACAGCGAUAUAGCAGAAGGACCAGAUGCUGGAUACGAUGAAGAUUAUCCCACUGAUGAUCUAUCCAGGCUCAUCAAGAGCUAA